GGGGGCGAAGAUAAAGGAUGGAACGCGGUAGACCAACCAGCGAUGGCAGAAGACCAAGUUGGCCAACCUGGAUGUACCUCUUGCUGUUAGCACUUGCAGAUGCAGCCCACAAAGAUCCCACCAGCGAUGCCUCAGCAGCUGUCAUCAACCACUCUUCCAUGCUCAUCCACCGUCUGCAAGACCUCCUCCAAAAUGGCAACUCCAGCGACACCACCCUGAGGGUCCGCUCUAUUAACUCUGAUGAGGUGAAGGUCAUCCACACCCACCAACUGCUUCUCACCCUACAGAGCGACGUCUUUGAAGGGCUCCUGGUCAAUCAAAGCGUAGUGACUCUACAGGAACCUGCUGAGUGUGCCGUCCUGUUUGAGAAAUUUAUAAGGUACUUUUAUUGUGGUGAGAUCUCGGUCCAUUUGACCCAAGCUGUCCCACUUCAUCGCUUGGCCAGCAAGUACCACGUCGCAGCCUUGCAGAGAGGGGUUUCUGAGUACAUGAAAAUCCACCUUGCCAGUGAGUCGACCCAGGGCCAUGUUGUGAGCUGGUAUCACUAUGCCUUGAGGAUGGGUGAUGAGGGUCUACAGGAAAGCUGCCUCAAGUUCUUGGCAUGGAACCUUUCCACUGUCAUAAGCAGCAGUGAAUGGGUGACCGUAAGUGAUGACCUCAUGGUAUCCUUACUUCAGCGUUCGGAUCUAGUGUUGCAGAGUGAGCUGGAGUUGUUCAAUGCGGUGGAGGAAUGGGUCAGUAAAAACAAUCCAGACGUACCCAUCAUCGAGAAGGUUCUCAGAUCCAUCAGAUAUGCCAUGAUCUCUCCGAGUCAGCUUUUCCAGAUCCAGAAACAGUCAACGGUGCUGGUUACGUAUUACAGCUCAGUCCAGGAUCUCUUAUUUCAAGCUUUUCAAUUCCAUUCAUCAUCUCCUUUACACUUUGCCAAGUAUUUUGAUGUUAAUUGCAGCAUGUUUGUUCCUCGGAAUUACCUCUCUUCCUCUUGGGGGUCACAGUGGAUCAUCAACAAUCCAGCCAGAGAUGACCGAAGCCUUAGCUUUCAAACCCAGCUAGGACCAAGCAACCAUGAUUCCACUAAGAAGAUUACAUGGAAUGCCCUUUUCUCUCCACGGUGGCUUCCGGUCAGCCAUCGACCCGUUUACUCUGAAUCCGUGCCAGGAACUUCUCAAUCCAACAGAUUAGAAGAAGGGAGACCUCGUCUGGUGUUGACUUCUGCCAUGAGUGGUCUGGACUUUGCAGGUGUUACUUUCCAGAAGACUGUAUUGGUUGGUGUGAGGAGACAACAGGGAAAAGUGUUUGUGAAGCAUGUCUACACUGUCCACCAGAGCACAGAAGAAGUGUUUGACUUCUUGGUACAUGCUGACCUUCAGAAACGAACUUCAGAGUACCUGAUAGACAAUUCCCUGCACCUCCACAUCAUCAUCAAACCCAUAUACCACUCUCUCAUCAAUGCCAAGUGAGUCUAUGCUGCGAAGCAAUGCUUGACCCUGCACCACAGCGACAUAACCUUUAAUUUGCUGCAGGCCACUCGGAAUACUUGAUUCACAAUUAAUUCAAAGGGCUAAGUCAACACAAGACUUUUUUUUUUUAACUAGAUAGAUUUUUCUUCUGUUAGCAAAGUAUUUCUUAAUACAAACAUCGUUUGAUCCUGUAGAAUGUAUUUUUGCACAGAAGUCCACUAAGCAAUCCUCUAUAACUCUGUCACCCCCCCCCCCAAAGGCUUUCACCUAUGACAAAUUCAUAUGGAUGGAUGUUUCAACCAGCAACUCUAUCUCCCAAAAGUACCCCUUGCCUGAAGCAGAAGUAUAGAGGAGACGGGGAUGCUGGAAGCCAUACAGAUACCUCCCAGGCAAUUGAGGAACUUGGCUUGGCAGAAUUUCUGGACAACGUAAUUGGCGGGGUUUCAAAUCCCAUAAAAUCAUAAUAGUAAGUGGUCUACGUUUACCUUAGGAGAAAGAACCCUGUUUAGCUGGUGGAAGUUUAAAAAGCUAUUUCAGAAUCCAGCCGUAGUUCCAUGGCACAGCUUCUUCUAAACACCUUGAGUAAACAAGUAAAAAAAAUCAGUAAGUUCCAGUUAUCUUAUAUAUAAAAGAUAGAAAAUCAGUACAAGGUAUGCAAAGUUUGAAUAGAAACAUGUAACAAUGCUUAACUUCUGACACUGAAUUGUAAAUGCAAAACCCUUGAUUGUCUCAAUAGUGGGCUUUAAUAGUACUUCGUUGGUAAGGAUACUCCAUGUUGGACUCUAAUGUAGAUGGGGAUCUUAGUUAUUAGUUUCCUGUAAUAAACUACGGUUGUCCACCCAUGGCUUGUCUACUUUGUUACAAAGGCAUGUAAUAAUACAAAUUGUAACGAAUUCCUAAUAACACAAUAUAUUGUAAUAGUUCUAAAACUGAAAUAAAAGAAAUGGUGCAAAUUGGACAA